CAAUUCGCAGCAGCUUCACUCUUUCUUUUCUUUCACAAUUCUUUAAUUUCUUCCUUCCUAAGUUCCUCCUCGUAGACCGUCGGUUCAAACCGAAAACCGCCGGUUCGCGGUUUGAGAAAAUCACAGACCGAAUUCGAACUGUGAGAAUGACGGUUUCGGUUCGGUCCGUGCGGUUUUGAUUUGAACCGAAUGGACAAGUCGACUCACUACUUCUUCUCCCCGUUGCAGCUGUCGCCGGUGAGAUUUAACUAUUUAACGGUUUUUUUUGCCUUCGAUACUUGCUGCUGCUGCCGCCGCCGCCGGUGGUUUCAGAAUUGGAUCGACCAAACAAGAUUUUACUUAGAUUUUGAGCUUCAAUAAUGAAGGGCAUAAAUACUAUUGCUUGAUCAUGUAGCUGUUGGCCCCGGGAGAAGGAAUCUCUCUUUAAUUUUUCAUUAUCUAUCCUAGGCUCGAGUUCGACUGGGAAGGGUCGCCACGGUUUGCACCCCAUAAGGUGUUUGCUGAACUCAGUUCGAUUGCUGGAAUUACCAGCGGACAUUCCAUAGCUAAGAAUUCACUUACUGCGUCAUUCUAUAAAAAUAUCAGUGUUUUGUUCAGGUCAGAUUUGGAAAUGGUUCUUCAUCCAUUUCAAGCGCAGAUUGUAGUGAUGUUUCUUACGAUUUUUGGCUCUUCCUAUGGCCGAGCAGGUUUUGUGGAGAAAUACAUUUCGCAGAGUUAUUUUGAGAAAUAUGAUAGUUUGAUAGAUUCAAAAUUCAGUCAGUUUAUAGCAGAGGAAAUCCCACUUGGCCUGUGCAUUGUGCGCAGAGAUGGAAACUGCAUUACACCUACAUUGUCUACUCUACAUCGAGAUGUCAUCGGUGAAGGUUCUCAUCGACGAUUAUCAUCUUCGAUCACCUUUAAGUUUCAGCCCAAGGUCGAGCCUGAUCUGACUGGUCAAUCUUGUAAACUUAUUGUCAUUGAAAGACUACCCUCUGGUGUGUUUGCAGAUCCGUUCGAGCUUCAGCAUCUUAUCCAGCGUGGCGUGUUUGCCGAUGCAGCUGUCUUUGGCGACACAAAUUUAGAGCUACCCUCUUUCCGGUCAAAUCAAUCUGUUGUGGAAAUACACAUGAACAUUGCCUCUAAAGAAUCCCAAUUGGGACUUAAUCUCGAAGUUCCUUUGCACGCACGGUAUCAACCAUUGGGAGACGAAGGGUAUUCGAGGGUUGAGUUUGGGAAACCCGAUUGGGUUAUGUGUUGCAGCCCCGAAGGUAAUGUGAGUUGCGCCUUAAUGCUUGCAGACCGUAUUUCAGAGAGUCGGGUUACAUGGGAGAUACCGUGCGGGAUGAAAAAACAUGUGGGAGUUGUGUCUAGUGUUACUUUUGGGUUUGCUAUUAUGGCUGCCUUGCUUAUCAUACUGGCUUCUGUUUGCUAUUCAGACAACAACAAUUUCUUGCUCUCGCAAGAUUGAUUCGAUUAUAUAUUAUUUUUUUUUUU